UUUAACUGAAUACCCAAUUAUUCCAAUAGAACCAAACCAAUUUUAGUGAGUCAGGAUCGGAUACAAGUUAAAAGAUGUUAAACUUAAUCCAAACCGAACAAAUUAUAUUUUAAUUGGUUUAGAUAAAAGAAGAGAAGAUUCUUUAGGAUUCUAAGCGUCCUUAUUAUUCUAAGCGGCCUCCCAGGAGCAGUCUAAUAAGUAAAGCAACGCUGAAGUUGUACUUUUCUACUUUCCCAUGUCAAAGUAACUGUUCUAUCUAAAUCAUGACAAGAGGCGGAUUCUACUUGCAUAUACCACAAUAGAUUCACUAGAUUGGGCUUUUUAAGUUAUUCCUAUUCAUUUAAAGGUCAAGAUAUGAGGCCAAGAAAGGACAUCUAGAGAGUACUAGACAAACAGCCAUCAACUUCGGUUGCUGCUCAAACCCUCCCAUGCCAUAUCACAGACACUUUUUUCUCUUUCUUGAUGACAUAUUCAGACACAUCCUCUUCCAGUUCUUCAAUCUCUCUCUUUCUUCCAUGCUCUCAUUUUGAUUCAUCUCAAAUGAUUCAACCAACUCUCCCCUACAUCCUCCUCAAGUUCUUGUUACGUUUUCCCCUUCACAAUCACAUCGUUAUCCUCCUCUUCUUGGUCCAAAUCAAAGUCACUUUCUCUGCUACAGCUCCAAACUUCACAGCUUGCGAGCCCGUGAAUUGUGGUCACGGCCCAGAUAUAAGCUACCCUUUCUACAUCACAGGGAAACAAAAACCCUUUUGUGGGUACCCAGGUUUUGACCUCACUUGUGGCAAAAAUGGCUUCCCAAUUCUCGAUCUCAUCAACACCCAACACAUCAUCCAACAAAUCUUCUAUAACAACAACUCACUCCGAGUCUCCAACCCCGUUUUUUCAACUCCAAACACUUCUCAGUGCAUUCUUCCCACACAGAAUCUCACCGUUGGCAAGUACAGGUUUAGUAUUGCUCCCAAUCAGAGGAACCUCUUCGUGUUCUAUGGUUGUAACUUAACGUUGCUUCCUGAAGAGAUGAAAGAACAUAAAAUCGGGUGUUCUGUUCAUAGUAAUUUAUCCGUUGUGGCGUUGUAUGCGGAAGACGUCACGAAUGUGAGAGUAGCGGAAGAGAAUUGCAGAGGUGGGUGGGUGAAUGCAACGGUGGAAGAUGAAAAGCGAGGGAAUGUUCGAGAAGCUCUUGAAGAAGGGUUUGUGAUGAGUUGGAAUGCAAGUAAUUGCAGCACGUGCUUGAAUAGUGGGGGAAGAUGCGGGUUUGAUACAAGGCCAGCUAUAUACGCUUUCAGGUGCUUCUGCCGUGAUGGAGUUCAUGUUGCGCAGUGUAAUCUUCCGCCGCCGCCUUCGCCACCUGGACCGCAACAACCAGAGAAAAAAAGAUUGAGCAAGGCUGGGAAAGUUGGCAUAGCAUUAGGUGUCAUACUCCCAAGCAUCUUAAUCAUUGGAUUGCUCCUUCUGUUCUUCAAACGAAGACGUAGUUUCUCACGUGAAUUCCAGACAAGAAACACUUAUGCUGAUCACUCCUCAAAUCCAGACGUAGAAGGCGGAAGCGUGUACUUUGGAAUUCCCCUUUUCUCCUACAAGGAGCUUGAAGAAGCAACAAGCCGCUUCGACCUUAAUAAACAAGUUGGAGAUGGAGGAUUCGGGACCGUCUACUAUGGGAAACUCCAUGACGGACGAGAAGUUGCCGUGAAACGCUUAUACGAGCACAACUACAGACGAGUUGAGCAGUUCAUGAACGAAGUGCAGAUCCUCACACGUUUGCGCCACAAGAAUCUUGUGUCCCUCUAUGGCUGCACAUCACGCACGAGCCGCGAACUACUGCUUGUAUAUGAAUAUAUUCCCAACGGAACUGUUGCUUCUCACCUUCAUGGUGAAUCAGCAAAGCCUGGCUUACUACCUUGGUCCACAAGAAUGAAAAUUGCUGUAGAAACUGCUAGUGCUUUAGCUUAUCUCCAUGCUACUGACAUCAUUCACCGCGACGUAAAAACCAACAACAUUCUUCUUGAUUACAGUUAUUGCGUUAAAGUUGCAGACUUUGGCCUUUCAAGACUAUUCCCCAAUGAUGUUACACAUGUCUCCACGGCGCCACAAGGAACUCCGGGUUAUGUUGAUCCGGAGUAUUACCAAUGUUAUCAGCUUACGAGCAAGAGUGAUGUGUAUAGUUUUGGAGUCGUGCUGAUCGAGUUAAUAUCGUCUAAGCCGGCUGUUGAUAUGAACAGAGACAAGGAUGAGAUUAAUUUGUCGAAUCUUGCCAUAAAGAAGAUUCAAGAAGGUUCGCUUGUUGAGCUUGUUGACCCUUGUCUGGGUUUUGAUUCGGACAAUGAGGUUAAGAGGAUGGUUGUUUCGGUUGCGGAAUUAGCUUUUCAGUGUUUGCAACGGGACAAGGAAUUGAGACCUUCAAUGGAGAAAGUGUUGGAGAUGCUGUUGAGAAUUGAGAGUGGGAAGCAUGAACCAGAGCAUUUAGAAGUAGUAGAUGCUGGUCAUGGUGUCAGUAAUGUAAAUUCUCAACAACCACAACCUUCAAUUUCACCAGAAUGGGACCAAAUUGUGUUGUUGAAGAAUGUGAAGCCACCUUCUUCGCCAAUAACUGUUACUGAUAGCUGGGAAAGUGAAUCCACUACGCCUAAUGUUAGUUCUUAAUAUAUUAAGCUAUUAGCAAUUGUUGGUAAUCCAUUCUUGCUUUCAGCACUUUUUUUGUUGGAAGUGACUCUAUCCUAACCCGAGCAUGAAUGAAUAUAUAUAUAUAUUCUCAUCCACUUGUAUAGGAUAGAUGAUUGUAUUAUGCGGCAUACCACUAUCAAUGUCAUACAAAGAGUAUAGAGAACAUAAAUCUGUCCGUCUAUGUAGAAAUCUAAGUCAUUCUACAUUGAAU